AUGUCGAACGACCAGGUCCCCCUCAUCAAGCUGAACGACGGCAACAGCAUCCCCGUCGUCGCCUUUGUGCGCCAUGUCUCACAGCCCGUGGCUCCGGCUCCGAGACGCACAACUGACAGACAAGGAACCGGCACCGUCCUGUACAACAAGGACUGCAAGGACCAGGUUAUCUCUGCGAUCUCGGUCGGCUUCAACUCGCUCGACGGCGCCCAGGUCUAUGAGAACACAAAGUACAUCGGCCAGGCGAUCAAGCAGGCCGCGGACGGGAAGAAAAUCUACCUCACGAACAAGUGGGGCAAGAGCGGAGACUCGGACGAUGUCAACGAGCCCCGCCGUGUGCUCGAGGGCAUGCUCCAGGAGCUUGGCGUGAAGCAGCUUGACCUGUACCUGAUCCACUUCCCUGUCAAAAACUCGCUCAUCGACCAGUGGAAGGUGAUGGAGCAGAUCAAGAAAGACGGGCUUGCCAAGUCGAUCGGCGUCUCCAACUUCCGCGAGGAGGACCUGCAGGCUAUCCAGGACAAGUGGGAGAUUCCUCCGGCCGUCAACCAGGUGGGUACUGAGGCUGGCAGCGGGCACCUGUUGUGGAAGUAUGGACUGAGCCAUCCGCCUGCUCUUCGGGCAGCUACGCGUGCAGAGCUCAACUGGCCGAUUGGACUGGGCAUGCCACGCUCGCUUGCUCGCUUCGCUUCGCUUCGCAGAACACUGACAAAUCAGCUCGAGUACCACCCCUACGUCGCGCACGAGCCGCUGAUGAAGCGUCUCCGCUCCCUCAUGGACAAGCACCAGAUCAAGGUGCAGGCCUACGCGCCCCUGGCGACGCUGCACAGCGCGGCCGGCGGGCCCGUCGACGCCGCCGUGGAGAAGGUUGCGAUUGACGAGUUCAAGACCCCCGCCCAGGUCCUGCUCCAGUGGGCCGCGCAGUAUGGCGGCGGAACUGUUGUUACUUGGCUGAAGAUAACUGCGCCAUCUGGCGUCAUCGUUACUUCGGAGGCCCGGAGAGGGUCGGUGUUCCGUGUUCUUUAUCUGGCUCCUGUCACGGAAUCGGGCGCACGACGGUGUGCUAGAUGUUCUUCUAUAUCUGGAGACCUUCUGGCGCCAUCUGCGUUGCCUGGCGCCGAUGAGCCUGCGCCGCAGUCUAGCCUUUCAGUUGCGUUCAGUUCUCGACAAGAAAUAGAUCGUGGCGUCGACGCCGUGAGGGCGGUGGAGCGAAAGGUUUAUUUCUGGCACCAGACCCAGAUCCCUCCUUUGUCCUUUCGUUGUCGGCACGUUCGCUUCUCGCUUCGCUCGCUUCGAACUCGGUCAUUAACGCCCAGCACGACACGCAACCUCGACCGUCAGCGCGAGCAGCUCGAGGCGUUCACGAAGCAGAAGCCCCUCUCUGACAACGCCGUCAAGGAGAUCACGGAGGCAGCCAAGGGCAAGUUCUACCGCAAGUACCUCAAGGAGAACAUCUGGGACCACGCCAAGCCUUAA